UGCCGCGCCCCCUUUCAUGUGCUCGAAGUUGUGCGAUGCGUUCCAAGGAAGGCUUAGAGCUGCUUAUGGGAUGGCUCGACGUGAGGCGGAGCGCGGGAGAGAGGCUGGUGGAGCGCCAGGGGCUGAUUCCCCUCCGACAAGCCAAUCUGACGACGCAGCAUGAGCGCGCUCAUGGCCGGGACUCCCCAGGGAAGAGAGACGCGUCUUGCGUCCCGCCGAGAGUCCCUUGCGCAAGAGCAGAAAGUCGAGGGCAGAGAAGGAAAAUCUCCCACCACGCCGAGUUGCCUGGAUUCUUCUGUACGUGUGGAGGUUUCUUGAGUGAUUCGUUUGUCUCCUUAUCUUCUCUCUCGUCCCCAAAGCAGCCUCUCCAAAGCCUGAUGGCGCGGACCUGUUUCUUCUUGCCUUUGUAACGUCGAGCCUACCUGCAAAACAUCACAGACCCCGGAAAGAGGCGACGCGGGCGUGCAGUUCUUUCCCCCAGCGGCGCUGCCGCUGUCCAUUCUCGGCGGAGAGACGGGGGAGAGAAAGUCACGUCUGGAAAUCCGUCUGGGGCUCCGUUUCCUCACCGCAGCUUAGCAGGAGGACCAGAGGGAAAGGCUUCCUUCGCGGAGGAGUCAGAAGUUCCCGAUUUGUACUUUCCUUCCACCAGCACCCCCCUCCCCCCAAAAAAGAAGACACCUUCGGCUUAGGGUUCGCCCAGAAGCCAACCGAUGCUCCAGAGAAGCCCUCGCUCCACAGCAAGGAAGGGAACCGUCGCCGGACCCCCCAAAAGAUGUCAAGGAAGAAGUUGCUUCUUCUGGCGGACGUGGAUUUGUCUUGAUCUUGGGGGCAGCUCUCCUUGGAAAGCCCUGCGGGGAUCUAGGACGACUUCCCUUGGGAGCAAGUGAGUGAUCGCCUGCCUCUGUUUGCCUAAGCGCGGCUUCUUGGGUCUUGGCUUCCCCGGGCUGGUCGGGCUUUUCCUGCUGGAGUUGCCAACUUCCUCCUCUCCACGCGACAGGUCCCCACGAGACGCGCAGAGAAGGAAGGGCAGCAAGAAGAUUGGGAGGCGACCUCAGAUUUGAGCCUGGUUCUUGUCUUAUGCGAUCUUCAAGGAGUUUUUUAAAAGGAAAUACCGUAACCCGACCCUUUUCCCAGGACAGAAAGUGGCUGCCUGGCUUAAAAAGCAAACCCGAAAAGCCCACCCAGUGACUUCCCAGAUGAGCCCUAAGGAAGAGAUCUGAACAGGACAAUGUAUGGGCAAUUUCUCAAUGCCACCAGCGUGACUGACCCGCACCUCCUCAUGCAGACCAACACGCCCUACGUCGGGAGCACCCAGAGACCUGUCAGCUCGUCGGCUCUUUACAUGUCGACCGCCCGGGCGUUAAAAGAAGGCGAGAUCAAUAAGCCGGAUCUGGUGACUUACAUCGUCCUGUUCUUCUUCCUGCUCCUGGCGGUGACCAUCAUUGUACUUUUCAUCAACUGCCAGCUGAAGAAUUCUUUUUUCGCCUCUCUACCUUACGACAGGUCGCUGAGAGAAGCGAGGAGCCCGUGGAAAACGCAAGCUGUUUAAUCCUCAGACUUAGGAAAUUGGGGGGGGGGGGAGAGAGAGAAUGUCUGAUAUGAGCUUUGUUGUGAUAUACAAGGGUCUUGUGAACCCAACGCACUGCAUAAUGGCAUCCUGUUUUCAUUUGCCCCCGGGGAAAAUCCUGCCACAUAUAAAUAUGAUUUUUCUUAAAGCAAGCCAGAGGAAACAUUGUCGGAAGGCGGGUGGUGAGGGAGGAGAUAAUAACGUGGACUGCUUGAGGCAUGGCAAAAAAUGGAUGUAAAUAAAAAUACCUAAUGUGGA